AUUUCUGAUUUUAAGAGGUUUUUACAUUACCUUUUGUAGAGAAAACACAUAAAGCAUCUGCAAUUUGAGUUCUUUUUAAAAUUUGCAUGAAGGCAUAAAUCCAUAAUGAGAAAACAUUGAAAAAAUCACGAAAUUCCUAAGAUGACGACACAGAGAAUAUCGGAGUUUAUAAAGUCUAAAAAAACGUGCAAUAACACUUUUGUAUCCACCGUUUUCAAUUGACAUUUGAAAAUAUAAUUUUGAUUAUUCCUGGACGAAUUAAAUUAAUCAAAAUGUACAUAUUAAUAAUAACUAUAUCAAUAUUGUGUUAUCAAAACCAGUACGCUCGGUAGGGUGUUCCGAGAUAUUGCACUGUAAAACCCCAAAUUACAUCACUGAGAUAAAAGAUUUGAUAUCAUAAAUUUAGCGUCAGUAUUUAUCACAAUAAAGGGGAAACAUUGUUUCUACAGGUAAUCUACAGGUACAUGUACAUGUGAAAAAAACUAUUUUAUUAGAAGAAACAAAAAUCAACAAGUGAGCAUGAAUAUACAGAAUACAGAUAACGAAGCCUCCAACGAAUAUCGAGUGAAGUCGCUGAGGGUGUUUGGCGGGAUACAGAUUGUGAUUGGUGUACUAUGUGGAAUUCUGAGUUUAGCUGGAGUAAUCACUGACAGUGUAAAUCUGAGUAAAAGUUGUGAUUACAAUGAUAAUUCUAAUUACAAUUAUGAUGGUGAUUACUAUCCGUGUUCAUCACCACUCCUUGCUUACGAUAUAAUUUGUGUCAUCUUUUCAGGAUGGUUUAUACUGACAGGAACUUUUCCAUUUUGCAUGACCCCGAGGCGUCAAAGUCGCUGGAAAUGUUUGAAAAUUGCGUUCAUGGUUUGUUGUAUUGUCAGUGCAUCCUUGUUUGUACCAACAGUAUUUAGUUUGGGAGUUGUCGGAGCAAUUUCUCGAGCAGAAUAUGAAAGUGUUGCUAAAGUGUUGUCGUCUAUCAUUGCACUGUUGGGUUUUGUUGAAUUGGUCAUAGCCAUAGUUGCAUCGUCCUUCUGCUGUUGCUGCUCAUCAUUUGGUUCAUCAGAGAGAACAUUCGUGUACAUCACUGCCGGACCGCAAACAAAUGUACUUGGAAUGCCAAAUACCCAAAUUAUUCAGACUGUAACCGGACAGAACGUAUCUGCCGCGCAUACUGGUGUUUAUCCUGCAGGAAUGAUGAUGCAACAAUAUCCGGUUUCUACACCUCAGUUUACAGCUGCUGCUCCAGGUCAAGGGGUCAAUAAUCAAUCACCACCACCUUACAAGAUAUAACUGUUUAGGAUAUUUAUUCAGCAUAUGCUUUUUGGAACUCUUAUCAGUUUUUAUGUUUUCCUUCAAAAUUAAAACAUAUGGCUUUUUGCAUAAACAUGAUAACAUAUGUAAAUUAUAAACGCAAUUUGAAAAAUAAAAAUUAACGUCUUUA